AUGUUCGGCUCCAAGGAAAAGACGCCUCACACGACUGAGGGUGAGGUCACUCCCACCAAUGCUUCCAAGACCGACUUGGAGAAUGGCGAGACGGGUCUUCAGCGAGACCUGAACAGUCGUCAUCUGCAGUUCAUUGCCAUUGGCGGUACCAUUGGUACUGGUCUCUUCCUCGGUAGCGGCAAGGCCAUCGCGACCUCCGGCCCCGUCGGUUGCCUGAUCGCCUUCAUCUUCAUCGGCUCCAUCGUCUACUCCGUCAUGACGGCCCUGUGCGAGAUGGCCACCUACAUUCCUGUCCCCGGUGCCUUCACCUCGUAUGCCUCCCGAUUCAUCGACCCCACUCUCGGCUUCGCCAUGGGCUGGAUGUACUGGUUCAGCUGGUCCAUCACCUUUGCUCUCGAGUUGACCGCUGCCGGUGUCAUUAUCCAAUACUGGAACGACAGCUUGAGCAUCGCCAUCUUCAUCAGCGUCUUCUGGGUCGUCUUCACGGCUCUCAACUUCAUGCCUAUCCGCAUCUUUGGUGAGGUCGAGAUGUGGUUCGCCAGUAUCAAGGUCGUUACCAUUGUCGGCUUCAUCAUCUUUGCCAUUUGCAUCAAUGCCGGCGUUGGCCAGCAGGGCUACCUUGGCUUCAAGUACUGGGUUGACCCGGGCGCGUUCAAUGAGUACAUCGUUGAGGGUUCCGUUGGCAAGUUCAUUGGCUUCUGGUCCGUCUUGAUCACCGCUGGCUUCAGUUUCCAAGGUUCCGAGUUGGUUGGCAUCGGUGCUGGUGAGACAAAGGACCCCGAGAAGAGUGUGCCCAGCGCCGUCCGCUGGACCUUCUGGGGUAUCUUCAGCUUGUUUGUGGCGACCAUCUUCUUCGUCGGCAUCAUUGUGCCGUACAACGACCCAUCGCUCCUGCUCGACUCCCAGGAUGCGUCCGCGUCUCCCCUGGUCAUUGCUGCGAACUUGGCUGGUGUCAAGGUUCUCCCCGACAUCAUCAACGCCGUGCUUCUGACUGCCGUUCUCUCCGCUGCCAACUCGAACGUUUACUCUGGCUCCCGCAUUCUCGUUUCGCUCGCCAACGAGAGAUGCGCUCCUCAGUUCAUGACCUAUACCAACAAGUUCGGAACUCCCUACAUGGCUGUUGCCACCACGUCCGCCGUCGGUUUGCUCGCGUACAUGAACCUGUCGUCCGACGGUGGUGUUGUCUUCAACUGGCUCCUGAACGUCACUGCCGUCGCUGGCUUCAUCAGCUGGUCGUGCAUCAACAUCUGCCAUCUCCGCUUCAUGGCUGCUCUCAAGGCCCAGAACAUCCCGCGUAGCAGCCUGCCGUAUACAGCGCCCCUGCAGCCAUACCUCUCUUGGUACGGCUUGUUUUUCAACGUCCUCAUCAUCUUGACCAACGGUUUCGCCGUCUUCAUCGAGUGGAGCACCAGUGACUUCUUCACUGCGUACGUCAGUGUCCUCCUGUUCAUCGUCCUCCUGGUCGGCCACAAGAUUUUCAACCGCACCAUGCCCCUCAAGGCCAUUGAGGCUGAUGUGACGAGUGGCACUCUGCGAUCGCAAUCAUGA